AUGAGCGGCAGAGGCGAUCGUGGUCGUGGUCGUGGUGGUUUCGAUCGUGGGAGAGGCUCCCCUGGCGGUGGGCGCGGACGCGGCGGCCCAACCGAUAGUCCACGCGGCCGAGGUGGCGGAUUCGGGGACCGAGGUGGAGGACGUGGUGGCUUUGGUGAUAGAGGCGGCGGGCGUGGCAGCCCUGGUGGAUUCGAUAGAGGCGGUCGCGGUAGCCCUGGAGGGCGGGGUCGUGGAUUCGGCGGGGGUUCUGCGUCUGGGGGCGUAUUUGCGCCAAAUGAACCAGCAAAUGUGGACCAGCGGCUUCUGGAUGGCUCACAGGAGGCGCUGGUUGCAUCCUUCAAGCAGCUGACCCUUAAGCCCAACGACCUGCCUUCAAGACCUGGGUUCGGCACAAUUGGCAAGGCCAUCAAGUUGAGGACGAACUUCUUCCCCGUGGAGACAUCCGACCGCCCCGUCUUCGAGUACGACGUCGCGAUCACACCAGCGGCAGGAACAGCGGCGCGCAGAGUGAAACGACGAAUCUUCCAACUUGCUGAAGCUACGCCAGCAUGGCAGCACUAUGGACUUCGGGGUACUGUUGCACACGACAGUUCGGCAAAACUUAUCGCGUCCACUCAGUUGCCACAACCUCUUGCAAUCACCGUGCCAUACUACGACGAGGACGAGAGCGCCCCAAGGCCUGGCGGAAAGGAAUACACACUUACCAUCAAAUUCAUACAAGAACUCGAGCUCCAGAGCCUGAUGAAUCACCUCGCUGGCGACCUACAAUACCGAGACUACGACUGGGGUCCCGUUGUUGCGGCGUUAAAUCUUAUCCUUGCCACUCACCCUUCUAGCACGGGCGGCAUAGUUGUGGGACGAAAUCGCUUCUUCUUCCGAGGCGCCAUGCACCCCGAGCCACUGGGUGGCGCCUUGGAAGCGUGGCGUGGAUUCUACUCCUCGGUACGACCAGCUCACAAUCAGCUUAUGGUCAACGUCAAUGCCUGCACGACGGCCUUCUAUCAAGCGAUCAAUCUCGCCGAUGCGAUGACUCAAUUUCGAAAUGCUAGCUUUGGUGCCAAUGUGGGCAACUUUGUGAGGACGGUCAGGGUACAAACGAAGCAUCUGGGGCACCGAAAGACUGUCAAGAAACUUUCCAAUAAGACUGCUCGCACACAUUCAUUCGACUGCGAGGAUCUGGGAGGAAGGGUCACAGUCGAGGAAUACUUCUUACGAAAGCACCAAAUCAAGUUGCAGUAUCCCGACAUGCCUCUUGUCGAUGUCGGCGGUCAAAAGAGUGUCUUGCUGCCACCAGAACUCUGCACAAUUCUACCAAACCAACCAUUUCGAGGCAAGAUCACGGACGAACAAACCGCCGCCAUGAUUCUUGUUGCCUGCAAGCCGCCCAACGUGAACGGAGCAGCCAUCGUGGGUCCAGGCUUAGACCAUCUCGGCUUCAGGCAGGGUCCUCAACCUCUCGGGGCUUUCGGGGUGUCGGUAGGCCAAGAGAUGGCGGUGGUUCCGGGGCGCAUCCUCCCGCCCCCAGCAAUUGAGUACGGCCAAGGUCGGCCGGAUGUGGACGCCGAAAAGGCUAGCUGGAACCUCCGAAGCGUGAAGUUUACCAAGGGUGGCAGGUUGCAGAGCUGGGCUGUCCUAGUGGUUCAAGAUAGUGGUCGCGACGACUUUGCGGGUCCCACGGAUCCUGAUUUACGUAACGUGAUCACUGGGUUUGCACAGAUGUGCUCAAAGUCGGGCGUCGUUGUGGCAAACAACAACCCGCCUAUCGCCGUUGUUCAACUGCCUCGCAAGGAUAAUCGUGAUCCCAUACGGGCUGCCGCCCUCACAGCCAUUCAGAACGCCUUGAAGGCGCAGCUCAAGACACCACCGCAGCUUCUGAUGGUCAUGCUCUCCAACGGAGACAAGCAUGUCUACUCCGGCAUUAAAUACCUUUGUGACUCUCAGCUCGGCAUUUCCACCGUUUGCGUGCAUUCUGCCAAGAUUCGGAAAGAGAAAGGGCAGCUGCAAUACUUCGCUAACGUGGCGUUGAAAGUGAACAUGAAGACUGGCGGCGUGAAUCAUUCCUUGGAUCGUACCAGCAUGGAGUGGAUGAAGAAAGAGCCCACGAUGCUGGUAGGAAUCGACGUUACGCAUCCCGGCCCUGGCAGUGUGAAGGGAACUCCUUCGAUCGCUGCUGUUGUCGCCAGCGUCGACAAUCUCUUCGGACAAUUUCCUGCCAGUCUUAGGAUCCAGGAAACGAAGAAAGAGAUGGUCACGGCUCUCACAGAUAUGAUGGUAGAACGGCUCAAAGCGUUCCAAGCAACCAACAAUAACGCGCUUCCUACUCGCAUCCUCGUGUACAGAGAUGGUGUUUCUGAGGGUCAAUUCGCCAUCGUCGUCGCCGACGAGCUCCCAUCCAUGAAAGAUGCCUUUAGGAAAUUCGACAAACCCGGCAAGCGAUAUGACCCCAAGCUCACCAUCGUUAUUUGUGGCAAGCGCCACAACACGCGGUUCUACCCUACGGAAGCAGCCAACGCCGACAGAAAUGGCAAUCCCAAGCCGGGAACGGUUGUCGAUCGUGGAAUCACCGCCGUCUACCAUUUCGACUUCUAUCUACAAGCACACGGUGGAUUGCAAGGCACGACGAAGCCUACCCACUACUAUGUUGUCCAUGACGAGAUCAAGUUCGGUGCAGACCAACUGCAGGGCUUGACUAACGCUAUCAGCUACAUGUUCGCUCGGGCCACGAAAGCAGUCAGCUUGGCCUCUCCUGCGUACUAUGCCGAUCUGGCUUGCGAGAGGGGACGAUGUUACCUCCAUAAACUCUUACUCGGCUUCAGUAGCUCUGGUGGAACCAGCACUACGACCUCGAGUGAUGAUCAGCAGGUCUUCCAAGAGGCACAGCAACUGUGGGGCACGGGGAUUCACGAAAAACUCAAAAAUACAAUGUUCUAUCUGUGA